AUGUCUCUAGCUGACAAAGCUCACCAAUGGGAGAAGAGCUUGCCCCAUGGCACAAUCACCACUUGGGAUGAAUGCAAGAAGGCCUUUCUUGCUAAGUUUUUCUCCACCGGUCGCACAGCCAAGCUUAGAGGAGAGAUAUCCAGCUUCAUCCAGCGAAACAAUGAGACAUUCGCAGAGGCUUGGGAGAGGUAUAGGGAGAUGCUAGACACAGCUAGCAAUGGGAACUUCCUCAACCAGGAUGUAGAUGAUGGCUGGCAACUUGUGGAGAACAUAGCUAACUCAAAUGGAAGCUAUGGAGAAGAGUAUGAUCGCACCAAUCGGAGCUCGACCCACCACUCGAUCGAGUCAGACGAAAAGUUGAGAAAAGAUGUUAAGGCAUUGAAUGAGAAGUUGGAUAAGCUGAUCUUAGCUCAGUCCACAAUGAAGAAAGUCAACUUUGUGUCUGCUGAAGAGAUGGAACCAGUCCAAGAAGGGGAGGAUACACAAUUUGCUGAGGUGUGCUACAUGAGCAAUGGGCAAGGAGGUUACAACAAAGGAUACUAUAAUUACAAGUCCAACCCUGCCAUGUCAUACCGCAACACUGAUGUUGCUAACCCUCAGGACCAAGUAUAUCCUCAACAACAAGCAGCUCGAUCGAGUCAAGGCCACAACAUGGGCUUUCCCCACCAACCACCCCAGCCUGCACCUUCGCAAGAGAAUGAGCUCAAGGCAAUGCUAAAGCAACUGCUUCAAGGGCAAGCUGAUGGGCAAGGACAACUACCUGGUAAAGCUAUUCAGAACCCCAAGGAACAGUGCAAGGUCAUCUUCACUCAAGAAGGACUUGUUGAAGAAGAGGAUCAAGAAAGGGUCAUUGAAGAUUUUUGUUUACUGCUGAAUGAUGAAGAGAUUGUUGCUGCUGAGGCUCCUGGAGUCCAGAUUGAUCAACCAGAAGUGCAGGCACCUACUGUGGCCAUUCACACUUCACCAGUUGAGCUCGCACAACAAGCUCGAUCGGCAGCUCGAUCGAGUCGAACUCUAGCUCGAUCGAGUCCGACCUCUUCUGUCCCAAACCUUUUGCUUGAUCCUUACCAACCGUUGCACUUCCUCGUCUCGCCUACUUAG